AUGGAUGAAUUUCAGAUUAAUGACAAAGUAACCAUUGUAGGAAAAAACUGUAUAGGUACAAUAGCUUUUAUAGGAAACACUCAUUUUUCAGAUGGUCUUUGGUUAGGGAUAAUAUUUGACCAACCAGUUGGAAGAAACAACGGAAGCUACGAAGGAAUUCGGUAUUUUAAAUGUGGGAAGAAUCACGGAACUUUCGUUCGCCCAUGUCAAGUAAGGAAGAUAAGUUUUGUACCACCAGAAUCAGAAGUUCCAAAGAAAAACUGUCGCAAACAUUAUCCAAACUACUUAAGGGACGACUGUUUAUCAAAACCGAAUGAAAAACAUAACAGCUACACAAAGAAAAAUACCCUACUGAAAAAAAUACGGGAAGAUAUAACACCGAAAAGCACUUCAAUGCCUUUUAUCUUAUCAGAAAUAGAUGCCAAACUUAAUCAUGGAGAAGAAUCCGAGGCACUAUCUGGGACGCUGGCGAAUUUCCCAGAAAAUAUAUUUUCCCGACGAGAAAAAGAAGGUCGAAAUGACCUCUGCUUUGGAGUUAUUUUAGAUGAGCCAAAAGGAAGGAACAAUGGCAGUUUUGAAGGUGUGAGGUACUUUAAGUGCACCAGGAACCAUGGCAUUUUCGUUAGAGCUUGCCAACUGCGGAGAGUCUCGCAACAUGAAAUCAAAAUAGUGAAAACGGAAGACAAAAUAAAGAAUGUAAUGAGAUAUCCGAACUACCUGAAAACUAAAAAUUCCUUACGACUUCAAGAGGAUAAAAGAAAACAGAAAAAUGCUGCUCUAACGACAAGAAAAAUGAAUUCCGAUACACAGUUAUGUCCUCUAAAACCAAAGAUUCAACUAAAAAAAGAAUCGAAUUGUAAAAAAGAAACCGUUUUGAAAAAAGAGUCUUCUCUGCUAAAUACAGAGCCUACAAAAAAUGUGGUAAUUCAAGCCAAACACUCAUUAAGUUUAAAUUCGAAAAUCUGCUAUUUUCAAGAACUCGAAUCUCAAACAUUGGACAACGAGGUAGAGGCGGAAGCAGCCAAAAUGAAACAUAGAAUAAAAAAAUUAGAGACAGAAUUGAAAUAUGCAAGGAAAGUAAUUGAAAAGAACAAAACUGACAAAGAAACUUUAGAAGAACAAUUAGAUUACUAUCAAAAACAUGCAUAUGCUCUGCAGAAAAAGAUAAACAAACUGAACCGAGACUUGACUGAAUCGGAUAGAAAAACAAAAGCAUUAGAACAGAAAAUGGAACAAUUACACCAAAUAACAGAAAUAUCGAUUAUUGAAAAAGAAAUGGCAGAACAUAAAAUUGAACAAAUGGAAGCUGAUCUUCAAGAACUUACAACUACGUGUCAAAUCUUACAAACUGAAUUAAGUAUAAAAGAAGAAGAAAUGGAAAUUCAAUGUGAAAAUAAAGUUCCAACUGUUCACUACAUGAAGCAGUUGGAUUAUAAAAAUAAAAUACUCUACAAUGCUUUAUUACAACUUAGAAAAUUGUAUAUUUUAAAGCACCAAAAUCUUUUGGAAGCUGAAGAAACAAUAAAAAAUAAUAUGUCGGCACUAAAAGAUUUAGCAAUAUCGCAGGAAAAUUUACAGAAUGUUAUCUAUGUUUUGAAUCAAGAUGUUUCAGAUAUGCAUGAGACGAUAGAUGGCUUAACGGAAGCAGACGAACUGGUUUGUGAAGUAACUGAAAGGAGUUUGAUUCUUGAGCAUAAAAUGGGUGCUUUGGUGGAGACUUUGAAGAUAAUGGAAGAGUCCAUAGAAGUAAGUAAUGAAAUUGAAGAAAUUCUCCAAGAGAGUUAUUUGGAGCGAGAGAAAGAGAUAGAGGCUAUGGAACAAAAAGUAUACCAAACUGAAAAAUCUCUUCUGAAGACAACAAAUCUCGUAAAUGAUUAUAAAGAAGAACUUGAGAAAUAUAGGCAUUUGGUUUACGAUCUUAGAAUGAGAAAUGAUUUAUUGGAAUUAAAAGUUCAAACAGUUACUCAGGAGAGGAAGCUAGCAGUUAUGGAAGCCGAGAAUUUAAAGCUACAGUUCCAUCGUGAAAACAAAAUGACUUUGCAGCAUUUAGUAAAAGAUGACAAUUUAGAUAUCGAGAACCAAACUUUUCAACAACAAGUUAAAUAUUUGGAAAUGUACUUGCCAGAAAACUUUUUUGGUAGAAAUGAGCACUUAGCACUGCAAGAUUAUGCAAUUUUCACGAAACUUCUGAGCUAUCGAGAACCAGUCCCUUACAACACUAACUUCUGA